CGUGUCUCUUCCCGGAAAUGAUUGGUUGGCAUUGGCAACGUUUUAGCCAGAUCUGACGGCGUACACGGUCUCUGAAUAAAGAUAACGACAGGAUUAAUUUCACAAAGAAUUCAGCUGAGGACUUGUGAACCUUUGCAUCCUUCAAAAUCUACGCACCACAGAGGAGCGAAGAGCGAGUACAGACUGCUAACAGAAUGACCAGCUCAUCAGCUCCCAGGAUGGUGAAUAGCUACAAGAGGACUUCUAGCCCCCGAUCCCCAACUAACAGUGGGGAGCUCUUUACUCCAGCCCAUGAGGAAAAUGUGCGCUUUAUACAUGAUUCCUGGAUGUGUGUGCUCAGAGACAUCAGAUCAACACAAAAUAGUGAACGUAAUGACCGUGGACCACAGGAGUAUGUGGAGAAGAACCCAAAUCCUAACCUACAUUCUUUCACACCAGUGGACCUGAGUGACCUCAAAAAGCGCAACACACAGGACUCCAAGAAAUCUUAGUCUUUCCCCAUGAUGAUCCAAAUGGCUUUUUUCCACCCAUUAUCCUGAAGAACUUUUCAUUCAUCAGCCCUAUGUCAGCCGAAAAGUUAGCCCUGUUGGCCAGUCUAACGCAGAAUGCAAAUCUCAUUUCUGUACUCUGGACCAUAGCAACCCUUAUCUUUUUUUUAUUUAUUUUUUCUGCUCCUUCUUCAACUGACUAAAAAGAAAAAAACUGGGAUUUUCAGGGAGCACAGAUUCUCCCUUUUCUUUUUUCAUGUUUUUAAGUUCAGUAAAUCUACAUAUUUACUUUCUAAUGUGGACGGGACUGAUGCAAGUGUUCAUCAAAAUUUGCUGACAUCUGUUGCUGAGACUUCACAGGACAUACAAGACUGCAGUCUUAAACACAGUACUGCUACUACUUAAAUAACUUUGGAGGAAAAUGUGAAAGGGCUGACUUCUAUUUUUAUUUUGGAAGAUAGAUCAAUAAAUUGUAGAAGCAAUUGAAUGAUCAUAUUGGAUACCUUAUUAACAGGCAAGGUUUGGAAGCCAAAAUACAAUGUAGAAAGCCAACAUUUUUAUUAUACAUUUUCUUACCCUUGGAUGAACUUUAUUAAGUAAAGUAAGCAAGUAUGCAGCCCUUGGUUAACCCCCUCCCUCUCCUCUAAGCCUUGAAACAAAAUCUUGAAUAAAAGACUUUUACAGUA